AUGUUGGAGGGAAGGGAUGCCAUCCGGAGGGACGUUGACAGGCUUGAGAAGUGGAACAAAGCAAACCUCGUGAGAUAUCGGGGCCAGCAAGUGCAGCUCAUAAGGAUAAGGAACCCUUGGGGACAGGUCGAGUGGAAUGGCCCGUGGAGUGACAACUCUCCAGAGUGGCGUUCAGUCAGCCCAUCAGAGCAGAGACGCCUGUCUCAGGCAGCACAGGAUGAUGGAGAGUUCUGGAUGAAAUUUGAAGACUUCAAAGUGCAUUUCGACAAAGUUGAGAUCUGCAACCUCACUCCAGAUGCCCUGGAAGACAACGCUGGCCACAAGUGGGAAGUGACCAUCCACCAGGGGAGCUGGGUCCGGGGAUCCACCGCAGGAGGAUGUAGAAAUUUUCUAGAGACUUUCUGGACAAAUCCACAAAUCAAGCUACAUUUGACAGAGAAAGACGAUGGACAAGAUGACUGCACAUUCAUAGCUGCUCUGAUGCAAAAGGAUCGCCGCAAACUCAAGAAACUUGGUGCUGAAAUGCUAACCAUCGGCUACUCUAUUUAUGAGAGCCCUGGCAGAGAUGGACAUUUGGGCAAAGAUUUCUUCAGGUACCACCCCUCCAAGGCCAGGAGCAAAACCUACAUUAACUUAAGGGAAGUAUCUAAUAGAUUCAAGCUGCCACCAGGUGAUUACAUUCUUAUUCCAACCACGUUUGAGCCGCACCAGGAAGCAGAUUUCUGCCUGAGGAUUUUCUCUGAGAAGAAGGCCAUCACGGAGGAUCUAGAUGAAAACGUUGCCAUUGAUCUCCCUGAGCCUCUGCACCCAACACCAAGGGCAGAAGAAACUGAAGAAGAAAAGCAGUUCCGGGCACUGUUUGAGCAGAUUUCAGGAAAGGACAGGGAGAUAUCUGCAGAAGAACUUGAAUUUGUUCUGAAUGCUGUAUUAAAAAGAACAAGGAACAUCAAAUUCAAGAACUUAAGUCUCAUUUCAUGCCGAAAUAUCAUUUCUCUUAUGGAUACCAGUGGCAACGGGAAACUGGAAUUCAAUGAGUUCAAAGUUUUCUGGGAAAAAAUGAAGAAAUGGAUAAGUAUCUUUCUUCAAUUUGACUAUGAUAAAUCUGGCUCCAUGUCCUCUUACGAGCUUCGUGGUGCUCUUAAAGCUGCAGGAUUCCAACUCAACAACUACCUGCUGCAGCUGAUUGUCCUCCGAUACUCUGAUGAACAGCUCCAGAUUGAAUUUGAUGAUUUUCUGAACUGCUUAAUUCGCCUAGAGAAUGCAAGUCGAGUAUUCCAAGCACUGACUGUGAAAAACAAGGAGUUCAUUAACCUGAAUAUAGGCGAGUUUAUCAGCCUGGCAAUGAACAUCUGA